AUGGGACCGUGCGGCCCGAGAGAUGAACAGCAACUCUGCAGUUACGCGCCAACUGCAGUUCCCGAGGCCUCAGCCCGCCCUCCUCACCUCACCACAACACGUCCCGCCGCCACGCUCCGACACGAGGCGCCCGCCGCUCACGACACGCCCUGCCAGCAAGGAGGAGAUCGAGAGCAGCUGCGGGCGCAGAGGCUCAAAAAGCUCGCUCGCCGCGCUAGACUUGGACUGCGCUUGGGCAGCGGCCGAUGUCGCGUUUGUUCAUUCUGUGGAGCAACCGGCAUUCUGUUCACCGUAUUCUACAUGCACGCGCAUAGUAUUAGUAGCAAUAGGCCAGUUACGUGCAGGUGGCGCAGAAGGGCUGUUGUCGAGAAACAAAAGGAAUGGGGAAGGAAAGAGUGGGCUAAAGAAAGGGCCUGCGGGAAGAGUCUCGCGGAAGGAUUUGGAGGAAGGAUUUUAAGGAAGGGACUGGAGGAAGGGCAUGGAGGAAGGGCAUGGAGGAAGGGCAUGGAGGAAGGGCAUGGAGGAAGGGCAUGGAGGAAGGGCGUGGAGGAAGUGACGUGGAGGAAGUGA